GCUGAGAGCAUAUCAACACAGCACCAAAACACAAGGACGGUUCGAAAAAAGGCUUGAAAUAAUAAUAAUAAUAAAAAAAAACAUUAACAAAACACUGACACAGACAACGGUGAAAGGAGAACCAUCGAAAACAACUCGGUGAAAGAGCCUUGUCAGCGGAAAACAUUUCUGUUUCAAACGAACGGAUUAAGUUACAAGAACAACAAAAAUACGCACGAUGGGCCGUAUCUUCCUGGACCACAUUGGAGGCACUCGCCUCUUCUCGUGUGCUAACUGUGACACAAUCCUGACCAAUCGCUCUGAGCUCAUCUCCACACGCUUCACAGGAGCUACAGGCCGUGCUUUCCUCUUCAACAAGGUGGUGAACCUGCAGUACAGCGAUGUGCAGGACCGGGUGAUGCUCACAGGAAGGCACAUGGUGCGUGAUGUCAGUUGUAAAAACUGCAACAGUAAGCUGGGCUGGAUCUAUGAGUUUGCCACUGAGGAUAGCCAGCGCUACAAAGAAGGGCGUGUCAUCCUAGAGAGGGCACUAGUAAGAGAGAGUGAGGGAUUCGAGGAACAUGUGCCAUCUGAUGCCUCCUGAAUCUCUCUUCUCUUUUAACUCUCUCUCUCUCUAAAUCUCUCUCUCUGUUACGCUGCUCAUCUCAGUCACUGCCGUGUCUGAACACGAUCUGAAUAUCUGAACAACGUAUCCGCUUUUCACAAGCCGGUCCGGCCUUGCUUAGAGACUGCUAAUAAACAAACCGAUUCAGCAGCCCAUCCAUGGCUCUAUAAAGCAACACAACCAUACCUACAAGCGCUCUACAGAUCUGUAAAGCAUCAGACCAAUCCAGCUGCUUCAUAUGGCUCUAAAACAGCAAACCCAGCCUCUCAAUCCAACAACAACUCUGUAGAUCAAUAAA